UCUGUCUUCUUCCCUAGUAAAAGUAGUAACCAACGGCGCCUCUCUCCCUUCAGCAAAGAAGAAGACGAAAAAGCUUGAAGCUUUCAUCUCAAGAACAUCAGCUAGGUCUGAUUUUCAAAAAAAAAUUGGAGAUUGAUAUGGAGGCGACACAAGAGAAGGAGGGACAAUAUCUGCUGGGAGAACCGACGUACAUAGAGCUUGAGAAUGGACGGUUCAAGUGUGUGGAGACUGGACACGAGUUGCCAGCCCACAACAAAGAAUCCUACGCGCACACCAAACACUGUCGUCUUGGCCUCAUUGACGCUGCCCUUGCUGCUAACAAGCCCCCUCUCAAUAUGUUCCUUCAGGACCCUGCUUCUAGGUCAAAAUUAAGUUGUAAGCUAACAGGAGAUACUGUGAACAAGUCUGAGGAGCAUAUAUGGAAACAUAUCAAUGGAAGACGUUUCCUGAACGUGUUAGAGAAAAAGGAAAUUGAGAAGCAAACACCAAGUGCAACAGCCAUGGUUGUAGAGAAGAGUCCACAAAAACCAAAGAAGAAGAAGUCAAAGCUAAAAGUGAAAAAGGAAAAACAUAAAAAGAAAGAAGAAGAGGAGGAGGAGAAUGGUGUUGAAAUGCAGAAUUCCUCUGAAAAGGAGGAUAGUGAGACUACGGAUAUUGAAGGUUUUUGGAUGCCUGCGGUGGGUGAGCGAUGGGACUUUGACAAUGGAGCAGACCGUUGGGGCUCAGGUUCUGAAUCUGAUGAGCAAGAAGAGACUGAAGAAGAUGAAAUUGAAAAUGAAACAGAUGAUGAUGAUGAUGCAAAUGCUGAAGAGAAUAAUAAAGAAGAUACACUGGAUAUUUCUAAAAGAACCAAACGGAUGUGCAUAGAGAUUGAUUCUAGCAACCUAGCUUCCGCCGCCAAAAAGAAGAAGAAGAAGACGGCCUAAUGAAAAUUUCUAUUUUGUUUGUGGAAUUUACUUGGAUUGUUAGUCUUAUGAUUUGAUUAAUUAGUGAUUUUCAGUGUUUAUAGACUAUUUAUUUAAAAGGAAAAAUUGUUUGUCUGAACUAAAUUCAUUUGCAUCAUGUGUUUGUAAUCUUAAUUAUAGUUUUUUUAGGACCAUUACUAUCAUAACAAAUGCCUCCAAACAUUUUGUG